AUGAGCUCGGAAAAUUCAAUUAUCACCGAAGGUUUAACUCCUUCCCUUGAUGUUCCAUCCUCUUCGACCAGUAGAACUUCUCGGAGUCCUAGUCCCUCUUCCUCCAUUGUUUCACUGAAUGAGAACAAAGUCCUCAAGAGACUUGCCGAUCAACUAUCCAACAUAUUCUACGAAGGCAAUCAAAGCGGCCAAGAGGAUAGCGAGGUGGAGAGAAACAUCAUCAAUCACAUCCACAAAUCUCAUUUUGAACCCGUUCAGGUAUUUCGGUGGCUAUCGAAGAACAAGGAUACGUUUCAAUAUCAAAGUCUCCUCGGUUAUUUCUAUGGUCAUGAGAUUGGUGUGGAGGUGGAUAAAAGGAAGGCUUACACGUUCUUUUUAAAUGCUGCAAAGAAGAAUGAUAAUCUGGCACAAUAUUUUGUGGGUGCAAGCUACUUGGAAGGCAGCGGAGCGAAACAAGACUAUGAGUUGGCUUUUCGUUGGUUUGAGAAAGCGGCCAACGGUGGAUGUUCGAAUGGAUUGUGUGCAUUAGGAUACUGUUAUUUGAAUGGUUAUGGGGUGUUCAAAGAUGAGCUGAAAGGUGUGACAUUCUAUAAGAAGGCGAUUGAAGCAGGGAAUAACUAUGCCAUGAAUAGGCUUGGUUACUGUUAUCAAUACGGCAAAGGGACGAAGCGAGACUCAAGGAAGGCCUUCGAGAUGUAUCUAAAGUCCGCUGAGAAAGGUUGUGACUCUGGUGCGCAUGAUGUUGCGGAAUGUUACAGAAAGGGUAUUGGGACCGAGGUAAAUUUAGAACAAGCCGAAUACUGGGAAGAAAAAUAUCGAGCAAGCUUGAUUUACGUAAGUCUCACGUAUUUCACAAGUUCAACCUCGUGA